UACUAUAACGCUAAAAGCGAUAUAUGAGCAUAACAGUAUAUUUUCGUAUAUACUGCUGGUGGUAUAUCAGGAGUCCUAGUCAGUCAGUCUGAAUGACUGUUAUCGCAUAAAUAUAAAGUGCGUCGGACUGACUACGGAACGAACGCGACGCGUCGGUUUUGCAUUGUUGGGACUCGCUGAAAGUUUUGAAAGUUUUUCCCGCGCUUUCUUUUUUCUUAUUGGACAAUGAUACAUCGAGCGUGAAUUGUUUUUUUGAAAAAGGGUUCAGUGAAAGGACUAUUUUAUGAACUGAGUGUGGAUUUUGUGGACUGUCAGUUUGAUUCAGUGGAUAGCAUUCGGAUUAAAACAAGCCUCUUUCGACCCCCGAACGACCGAUAAAUUAAAAUACACUAGCACGUUUGUGCGGGCACCUGUUACUAAAUAAACACGCAUAAAAGAAGUAAAGAGAGAAAAAAAAUUAAUAAAACAAGAGAGAUCAGCAUCCGCACGUGUCUCUGCCUUACUCCGAUUCUUUUCUCGUUGAAAAAACAAUGAAAAGCCGGACCGCAACUGUCGUUUUGCGAUGACACUUGACCGUCAAGUGUGAGUGCCCACUCGUGUGUAUUAGUAGAGUGCGUCCGAUCGAGAGAAAGCAAGAGAAAAAAAAUUACUCACGAUGGGACUCGAGAAAAGUGCAUUUGCUUAAGUAAUUACCGAGAUUUCUACUGCAACUGGAGUAACAAUUUAAAAAAAUAAAAUCACUUAAACUAGUAUUAAUUAUUUACCACAUAAUGGAAGAACCGUGGGAUCAACACGUGUCCCCUUUAAUGAUGGGUGUAACUAUGGCGGAUAUUCAGCACAAUCCCAUGGGGGAUAUGGGGAUGUCACAUCAAAGUCACGAGGAUCCCGGUCUGGAUAGUUUAGGGGAGAAUUCAGAUGAUAUGAGACAACAUGCUGAACAUACCAUGGGGCAUCAGGAUGCUAUGGGUGGUGGAGAUUAUUACGGGCAUCAUCUUCUAGUCUCGGGUCAGCCAACAACAAACCACAGCUCCUCACCCGCUUCCGGAGGAGGCUCCCUAAGCCCGGGCGGGUCUGCAGGGCUCCCAGGAGCCCUCUCACCCGGAGGAACCUCCUCCACCGGACCUACCCAAUGCUGUGAUAACGGCAGACCCUUAAUGACUGACCCUGUUACUGGCCAGAGCGUUUGCUCGUGCCAGUACGACUCUGCUCGGUUGGCCGCCCUACAGUAUCCUAGAAGUGUGGGCAUGUAUAGUACUCCCUACCCCAGUACUGACCAGAACCCUUAUCCUAGUAUAGGUGUCGAGAGUUCGGCUUUUUAUAGUCCAUUGAGUAAUCCUUAUAGUUUAAAAGAUGCAAGUGGGGCGGCUGAUAUGUCUGCAUGGACGAGUGCAGGUCUACAACCCACCACCGGGUACUACCCUUAUGAUCCAGCUUUGGCAGCUUAUGGAUAUGGAGCAGGUUACGAUUUGGCAGCCAGAAGAAAAAACGCAACGAGAGAAUCCACGGCGACCCUUAAAGCGUGGCUAAACGAACACAAGAAAAACCCUUAUCCGACAAAGGGAGAGAAAAUCAUGUUGGCCAUCAUCACCAAGAUGACUCUGACCCAGGUAUCGACGUGGUUCGCCAACGCGAGACGACGAUUAAAAAAGGAGAACAAAAUGACCUGGGAGCCCAAAAAUAAAACGGACGAUGACGACGACGCGCUCGUGUCAGACGGAGACGAAAAGGACAAGGACGAUGAUGACAAACGAGACGAAACAGAUAUCCAUGGCCGAAUAAAGUCGGAACGUUCAAACAAAGACCUGGACGACGACGAUAUGACCGACGAAGACCGCAAAGACGACAUCUUGGGCAACAAUAUGCAUCACAUCUUAGGCAACGGUUAUGGGCUCAAGUCGGAAAUCAAGAGUUCAGACUGUGGCGUCCCGUUGCCGCCCUCCAAACCGAAAAUCUGGAGUUUAGCCGAUACGGCCGCUUGCAAGACGCCACCGCCCCCGCCGCCUUCCCAAGGUGGCCAAUGGCUUAACAGCUCCAAUGGGUUCGCUUUGCCCAGUUCAAGAUAUAGUUCGAACAGCAACUUCCUUCCCUCGCACUGUCAACAGGGGUUUCCAGAUGUACAAACGGACACACCCCCCCAGACACCCCCCAAUAUGAAAUUGCCGACGAUUACUGGCAAUGUGGCUCCGAACCAGGGUGCACCCUGUAUAGGGGGGCCUAUUAACGGGGGUUACUCGCAGAAUUCCAGCAGCAGUUUCUUAGGGGGUUUUGGGAGGAUGCACAGCCCCCAAAGGACGGCACAGGGUGGACCACAAAUGGGAAAUCAGGCAGGGGCUGGUCCCGUGGGGGAUAAUGCGGCAUUUAAGCCUUUUUAUAAAAGUUCACAAAGUAUAAAUGGAGGUUUUGUGUCGCCGGUUUGAAAUCGUUUUUCUUAUUAACGGAUGAUCAAGCAAUAAAUCCAACGGGUCAAGUGCAACAAAACUAACGGACAAAAAUAAAAUUUCUAUAAGUAUAUCGAGCGUGUGACGAAGGGUUAAGAACCUUGAAAGUGUAAAUUAUUGUAUAAAAGAAAAACGCAUUUUAGUACUUUUAUCUGUGAUAACGAAUAAAACCGUUCGAGUCGGUUAAGUUGGGAAUUAAUUUGAAACACCUUGUGUAGCUCAAUAAUUACGGCAGUUUUAAGAACAUUUGAGCAAUGACGUGCCCUUCUCAGUUACCUAAAAGUAAUUACUGCCCCGUACGUAAAAAAAAUAUAUCUACGCGCACCACAACCAUGACCAGUGUUAAGUUAAAAUAAUUUUUUUGUUAUAUUAUAGCCAAUUUACCCAUAAGAUUCUUAUUAUGGGAACUGCAGUAUACCUAUAGUGUUGUAUGUUAUGUAAAAAUAGAUUUUUCGUGCAAAACUCUUGUAAUUUUACGAGCUUUAUAUCACAAUUAUUAAAUUUUAUUAAACUGUGAUAAGAGUAUACUUUAUGUGGCAAGAGUUUUGCACUUGAAAAACGUUUAAUUGUUACUUCACAAUUGCGGUUUUUUUCCUAUAGCAAAUUGAAUGUUGUUUAAGAAACAUUUUACCAUAUCACUUUUUGAACAAAUUGUAAUUUUUUUAUGAUUAUAUAUAAUAUUAUUAAUAUUAUUAUUAUUAUUGCAAGGAAAACAAAUUUAAGCUAAUUAUAUAUAUUUUUGUUGGCUCUUUCUUAAGCCUUAAGUUUAUUUAUGUACAAUACUAUUUCUCUGUUUUUUAUUAUUGUAAUGUUGUAAAUAAUUAGAUGUAUAGUAUUAUAUUAUUAUUAUAAUUGUCUUUAUUGAAAUAAAUCAUUAACAGAUCUUGA